AUGGCUUCUUCAGAAGGACCCGACCCGGAUCCUCGUCUAAAACCACAACACUCCACCACCUUCGUGCAAGCAGACCCUUCUAACUUCCGGGCCGUCGUCCAAAGACUCACCGGAGACACCGCCCACAAACUCCCAAACUCAAUCCCCUUCCGCCACACCGGAAAACCCACUGUUCACCGGAGAUCCGGUUAUAAACUUCAAGAACGAAGGAAAAGUGUUAAGAAACUCGAGAUCACUCUCAGCAACGUAUCACAGCCUGUCUGUUUCAUGUCUCCGUUGGUGGUGGGGAGAGACAAGAGUGUGGUAGGGUUUGUCGGUGGGGAUGGUCAGAUGGUGGAGGAAUCGCCGGUGUCGACGCUGGCUGUUUGUGGAAGAGGGAGCCCAGGAACGCCGAUGGAAAAAGAAGGAGAAGAAGAGAAAGCCAUUGCAGAGAAGGGUUUUUACUUGCACCCGAGUCCGAUUCGAGAACCCGAACCCGAACUCUUAGUUUUGUUUCCGCUCACGUCACCGAAAAACGAUCCAUCUUAUUCUUCAUAA